UUGUAUUUAUUCCUUACAAAGUCAACAGCACUACGCAUGCGCGAGCACGAGUUUCAGCAUUAUCACUACGCAUGCGCGAGUUUCCACCCUCUGGUCACAACGGGCUGUUUUUUCUUUAAUAAACAGUUUAAAUCUUGUACCAGAUUUGAACACGAAGUUCUUUCUAAGACUUCCACUGUCACAGGUUAAUAUUUCACAUAUCAGGGUUUCCACCUUCAGUAUGGAAGAAGGGAGUGUCUUUCCUGGACCGGAGUACUGCUGUGGAGAAGAUCUGAGCAGAAUCUCUAUGGUUCCUCUCUCUUUCGCCUAUACACCUUUCUCUAUCCAGAUCCCAAACAACUACAGUAACGUCAACCACUUGACUUCAUUUCAUCACCAACACGGCUCUGAGGCUGAGCAGACGUGUCCCUCUGUCUGGGACCAUGAUUUUAACACACAUGGAUUUUCCUGUCCACUUUGUUGUGACCCGUCCAGCUCACAUUUGUCCCCCUCUUCUCCCAUGUGUUGUUCUGAUGGCCUCCUUCCUCUCACUAGUCUGUAUAAGUACCAGAGUCCUAUGACUGCAUCACACGCCUGGACACCAUUUCGGUAUCACACGUCUACAGCAGAACUAUGUGACACUGUUAGCAGUAUAACCUCAGAAGAGGAGCAGAUCUUCUCCACCCAUGAGUCUAACAGUCACUGUAAUCAGAUGGAUUUAGGCCACAGUCAGGUUCAGCCCACAUUUUGUCCUGUACCUCCUGAUAUAGAGACAGUUGGACAAAACAAGGACAGCAUACGUUCCUUCUCAGAAAACUCUAAGAAGCCCUGCCACUGCACUAAAUCUAAGUGUUUAAAACUAUACUGUGACUGCUUCGCAAACGGAGAGACCUGCAGUGAAUGCAGCUGCAUUAACUGCUGCAACAACACGGAGCAUGCGACUGAUAGACACAGAGCCAUUAUGAUAUGUUUAGACAGAAACCCAGAUGCAUUUCGUUCUAAAUUCAACAGCAGCAUACAGGGGGUUACGAAAAGAAGUCACUCACGAGGCUGUAACUGCAAAAGCUCGGGCUGCUUGAAGAACUACUGCGAGUGUUACAAGGCUCAGAUCAUGUGCUCUUCUAUGUGUAAAUGUGUGAGCUGCAGUAACUACGGCACGAGUGAGGUGGAGAAGCAGAGCACAGUGGAGACGUCUACACACACCCACAACAACACAACACAAUGCACAGCUAAUUUGUCAUGUCUCACAGAUGCUGCAGUCGAAGCCACAUGUGGUUGUCUGCUGGCUCAGGCUGAGGAGGUGGAGAAAGAUGGACUCUCUCGAGUUCAGGCUGAGCGAGUGACCCUGGAGGAGUUUGGAUACUGUCUAACACAGAUAGUACACUUCAUGUUCAAACACACACAGUUAGAGCUGUGAUACACACACACACACACACACAGUUAGUGCUGUGAUACACACACAUGCAGUUAGUGCUGUGAUACACACACAUAGAGUUAUAGCUGUGAUACACACACACAGUUAGUGCUGUGAUGCACACACAUGCAGUUAGUGCAGUGAUACACACAUAUACACACACAGAGUUAGAGCUGUGAUACACACACAUACACACAGAGUUAGAGCUGUGAUAUACACACACACACACAUACACACACAGUUAGUGCAGUGAUACACACGCACAUACACAGUUAGAGCGGUGACAUACACACACAUACACACACAGAGUUAGAGCUGUGAUACACACACACACAUACACACAGAGUUAGAGCUGUGAUACACACACACAUACACACAGAGUUAGAGCUGUGAUACACACACACACAUAAAAACAGAGUUAGAGCUGUGAUAAACACACACAUACACACACAGUUAGAGCUGUGACAUACAUACACACACACACACACACACACACAGUUAGAGCUGUGACAUACACACACAUACACACACACAGAGUUGUGUGAUACACUAUAGGGAACAUGUGUAAAAUCUUUUAGAUCAUAUAUUUAUGUAAAGUAUAAAUAUUUCACAAGUAUGAAUAUUGUUUAUGUUUAUUUCACAUUUUUUAACAAUUAUUUUUAUCUUGUUUUUUAUAUUUUGUCAUUAGAUUUUUAUCCCAUAUCUUUGAGUAUUUGUGUUAAACAUAUGAUUGUAACUUAAUAUAUUUCAGUUUAAACUUGAUUUUUAAUGUUAACAGAAUUUAUACAUUAUUGUUUUUGUACUUGUAAUAAACAGUUCUGUUAAAACGACCCAUAUAUAAAUAUAUAGAUUUGUUCCAGUGUUUAAGUUGAUAGUGUUCAGUGUGUGAAUGUUAUUUUCAUGGUUGUUUGUUUGCUGCUGUAUUUAAUUGAUCCAGGUAUUUAAUUAUAUUGUGCAUUAGAUUUAUUUUCUCGGUCUGAAUCCUUGUUGUUUAUAAGCAGUGCAGUGACGUUGAACUGUUGGCCUUUUUUUAUUUAACACUGUAUGUAGUUUAACAUCUGAGGGAAGCUUCUUAGUGCUUAUUAUCUUUGUUAUUAUUGAAACGUCUUAACGUUUAUUUUAAAUAAAUGUCACUUGUUUUAUUCUGCA